AUGUGUUCAGUCUUCUUGUUUAGUGAGUUUUUCAUUAUUGUAUCAAAAUGAUUUUACUUGUUUCAGUUGCGUUGUUCCCUGCUUCUUAUGCUCAAUACGGUCUGUUCAGUGGAUACGGAAGUGGGCUCGGAGGCGGCUACGGAAGUGGCUACGGAGGUGGAUUCGGUGGCGGAUAUGGAGGCGGUUUCGGAGGCGGAAUGCCCUUCCUUCCAGAUCCAUUCAUGGGCCCUCAAUUGUACGGGUGAGAAUUUCCUUCUAGUUCAUUGCUUGGGAAUAUGUUAAUGGCGUAUCAGAAGCGACAGCAACCAGAAGGACUGUCGAGGACUGCCUUCCAUGAGAGCCAGGAGUACUUGCAGAUACGGUAACCCGAUGAUGGGCGGUCUCGGAGGCUCUGCGGGAAUGCUCGGCGGAUGUACCGAUUUAAGUCCACAGUGUUCUGUCUGGGCAAGUACAGGUGACACUUCGCAUCAAUCUCACAAUCUUUGUUACCUUUUCCCUCAACUUUUUAGGCCAAUGCGCCACCAAUCCGAUGAUGAUGCGUCAGACGUGCGCCCUGUCUUGCGGAACAUGUCAGUACUUUCUUCCCUUUAUUCCUUUCUUCACAGCCUUCUCGAUUUCAGGCGCAACCGGUCUCGGCGGUGGCUCAACCUCCUCUUUUUAUAAUAAUCCGUUUGGUGGUCUCGGAAUGCCGUCGACUGGUCUAGGCCAGUACCCGUUGUCGCAGUUUAUCGGUCGUUCUAUUUAUGAAACUGGUAGGGAUCGGAAGGUUCAAAUGGGAAAGGAUCGAGAUCUUUUUCAGGGAUUCUCCGUCAGCCAACUCCCCACUUGUCAAAGGAUGUCUACCGUCCGGUAUCGAAAAGUGCAUAUCUGCCGGAUAGGCGGUAG